AUGCAUAAGAAGAUAAGAAAGAAGGUAGCCGCCUCUGCGAUCGUCGCAGUUCGCCGCCAGCACACCACUGCGUUCGCGGAAUCGCUGGGCCUCCUGGGCUGCUGGCGAAGAGCAGCGCGCGGCGCGCGCACGGCGCAUGGUGGUGCGCGCGGCGGUGUUCGAACAGCUGAGCUGGAGCCUGUAGCAGGUGUGGACAAGGCUGUGCUCGCAAGGUGCGCAUCGGAGCGCGUGUCCGGAGCGCACUGCUUUGCGGCUCCAAUUCGGAAUGCCACAAGCAUCCCCCACCGCCCCUCCCCUACUGGCGCCGUAGUUGAGUCUGGCGGUGGUGCGGCGGUUUGUGUGCGAGAUGACGGAGAGGGCGGUGGGUGUGGAGGUGACGGAGAGGGCGGUGGGCGUGGAGGUGACGGAGAGGGCGGUGGGCGUAGAAGUGACGGAGAGGGCGGUGGGCGUGGAGGUGGCGGAGAGGGCAGUGGGCGUGGAGGUGACGGAGAGGGCGGUGGGCGUGGAGGUGACGGAAAGGGCGGUGGGCGUGGAGGUGACGGAGAGGGAGGUGGGCGAGGAGGUGACGCAGAGAGGGGUGGGCGAGGAGGAGACGGAGAGGACGGUGGGCGUGGAGGUGACGGAGAGGGCGGUGGGCGUGGAGGUGACGGAGAGGGCGGUGGGCGUGGAGGUGACGGAGAGGGUGGUGGGCGUGGAGGUGACGGAGAGGGCGGUGGGCGUGGAGGUGACGGAGAGGGCGGUGGGCGUGGAGGUGACGUAGAGGGCCGUGGGCGUGGAGGUGACGGAGAGGGCGGUGGGCGUGGAGCUCUCACCGUGUCCUUCCUUCACCCCGCCCCAUUCUCCCGCUUUCCAUCACCCCGCCCCAUUCUCCCGCUUUCCAUCACCCCGCACCAUUCUCCCUCCUUCCAUCAACCCGCCCCAUUCUCCCUCCUUCCAUCGCCCUGUCUCAUUCUCCCACUUUCUAUCACCCUGCCCCAUUCUCCCGCUUUCAAUCACCCCGCCCUAUUCCCCCUCUUUCCAUCACCCCGCCCCAUUCUCCCUCUUUCCAUCACCUCGCCCCAUUCUCCCUCUUUCCAUCACCCCGCCCCAUUCUCCCGCUUUCCAUCACCCCGCCCCAUUCUCCCUCUUUCCAUCACCUCGCCCUAUUCUCCCUCUUUCCAUCACCCCACCCCAUUCUCCCACUUUCCAUCACCCCGCCCCAUUCUCCCGUUUUCCAGCACUCCGCCCCAUUCUCCCUCUUUCCAUCAACCCGCCUCAUUCUCCUGCUUUUCAGCACCCCGCCCCAUUCUCCCACUUUCCAUCACCCCGCCCCAUUCUCCUGCUUUCCAUCACCCCGCCCCAUUCUCCCGCUUUCCAUCACCUCGCCCCAUUCCCCUGCUUUCCAUCACCCUGCCCCAUUCUCCCGCUUUCCAUCACCCCGCCCCAUUCUCCCGCUUUCCAUCACCCUGCCCCAUUCUCCCGCUUUCCAUCACCCCGCCCCAUUCUCCCGCUUUCCAUCACCCCGCCCCUUCUCCCGCUUACCACUACCCCGCCCCAUUCCCCCGCUUUCCAUCACCUCGCCGUAUUCUCCUGCUUUACAUCACCCCGCCCCAUUCUCCCGCCUUCCAUCACCCCGCCCCAUUCUCCCGCUUUCCACCACCCCGCCCCAUUCUCCCUCUUUCCAUCACCCUGCCCCAUUCUCCCGCUUUCCAUCACCCCGCCCCAUUCUCCCGCUUUCCACCACGCCGCCCCAUUCUCCCUCCUUCUAUUACCCCGCCCCAUUCGCCCGCUUUCCAUGACCCCGCCCCAUUCUCCCGCUUUCCAUCACCCCGCCCCAUUCUCCCGCCUUCCAUCACCCCGCCCCAUUCUCCAAUUUUCCAUCACCCCGCCCCUUCUCCCACUUUCCAUCACCCCGCCCCAUUCUCCCGCUUUCCAUCACCCGGCUCCAUUGUUCCGCGUUCCAUCACCCCGCCCCUUUCUCCCUCCUAUCAUCACCCCGCCCCAUUCUCCCGCUUUCCAUCACCCCGCUCCAUUCUACCGAUUUCCAUCACCCCGCCCCAUUCUCCCGCAUUCCGUCCCCCCGCCCAAUUCUCCCACUUUCCAUCACCCUGCCCCGUUCUCCCUCCUUCCAUCACCCUACCCCAUUCUCCCUCCUUCCAUUACCCCGCCCCAUUCUCCCUCCUUCCAUCACCCUACCCCAUUCUCCCUCCUUCCAUCACCCCGCCCCAUUCUCCCGCUUUCCAUCACCUCGCCCCAUUCUCCCGCUUUCCAUCACCCCGCCCCAUUCUCCCGCUUUCCAUCACCCCGCCCCAUUCCCCAGCUUUCCAUUACCCCGCCCCAUUCCCCCGCUUUCCAUCACCCCGCCCCAUUCUCCCGCUUACCACCACCCCGCCCCAUUCCCCCGCUUUCCAUCUCCCCGCCCUAUUCUCCUGCUUUCCAUCACCCCGCCCCAUUCUCCCUCUUUCCAUCACCCCGCCCCAUUCUCCCGUUUUCCACCACCCCGCCCCAUUCUCCCUCUUUCCAUCACCCUGCCCCAUUCUCCCGCUUUCCGUCACCCCGCCCCAUUCUCCCGCUUUCUACCACCCCGUCCCAUUCUCCCUCCUUCCGUCACCACGCCCCCUUCUCCCGCUUUCCAUCACCCCACCCCAUUCUCCCGCUUUCCAUCACCCUGCCCCAUUCUCCCUUUUUCCAUCACCCCGCCCCAUUCUCUCGCUUUCCAUCACCCCGCCCCAUUCUGGCGCUUUCCAUCACCCCGCCACAUUCUCCUGCUUUCCAUCACCCCGCCCCAUUCUCCCGCUUUCCAUCACUCCGCCCCAUUCUCCCGCUUUCCAUCACCCCACCCCAUUCUCCCUCUUUCCAUCACCCCGCCCCAUUCUCCCUCCUUCCAUCACCCCGCCCCAUUCUCCCGCUUUCAAUCACCCCGCCCCAUUCUCCUACUUUCCAUCACCCCGCCUCAUUCUCUCCCGCUUUCCAUCACCCCGCCCCAUUCUCCCGCUUUCCAUCCCCAUUCUCCCGCUUUCCGUCACCCCGCCCCAUUCUCCUGCUUUCCAUCCCCAUUCUUCCACUUUCCAUCACCCCGCCCUAUUCUCCCACUUUCCAUCACCCCGCCCCAUUCUCCCGCUUUCUAUGACCCCGCCCCAUUCUCCCUCUUUCCAUCACCCCACCCCAUUCUCCCACUUUCCAUCACCCCGCCCCAUUCUCCCUCCUUCCAUCACCCCGCCCCAUUCUCCCUCCUUCCAUCACCCCGCCCCAUUCUCCCGUUUUCCAUCACCCUGCCCCAUUCUCCCGCUUUCCAUCACCCCGCCUCAUUCUCUCCCGCUUUCCAUCGCCCCGCCCCAUUCUCCCGCUUUCCAUCACCCCGCCUUAUUCUCCCGCUUUCCAUCACCCCGCCCCAUUCUCCCGCUUUCAAUCCCCAUUCUCCCGCUUUCCAUCCCCAUUCUUCCACUUUCCAUCACCCCGCCCCGUUCUCCCGCUUUCCAUCACCCCGCCCCAUUCUCUCGCUUUCCAUCACCCCGCCCCAUUCUCCCGCUUUCCAUGACCCCGCCCCAUUCUCCCGCUUUCCAUCACCCCACCCCAUUCUCCCGCUUUCCAUCACCCCACCCUAUUCUCCCGCUUUCCAUCACCCCGCCCCGUUCUCCCGAUCUCCAUCACCCCGCCCCAUUCUCCCGCUUUCCAUCACCCCGCCCCAUUCUUCCUCCUUCCAUCACCCCGCCCCAUUCUCCCGCUCCACAUCACCCCGCCCCAUUCUCCCGCUUUCCAUCACCCUGCCCUAUUCUACCGCUAUCCAUCAUUCCGCCCCAUUCUCUUGCUUUCCAUCACCCUGCGCCACUCAUCCGCUUUCUAUCACCCCGCCCCAUUCUCCCUCCUUACAUCACCCCACCCCAUUCUCCCGCUUUCCAUCACCCCGCCCCAUUUUUGCUUCCAUCACCCCGCCCCAUUCUCCCGCUUUCCAUCACCCCGCCCUAUUCUCCUGCUUUCCAUCACCCCACCCCAUUCUCCCGCUUUCCAUCACCCCGCCCCAUUCUCCCUCUUUCAUCACCCCGCCCCUUACUCCUGCUUUCCAUCACCGUGCCCCACUCUCCCUCUUUCCAUCAUGUGGCUGCGCUUGUCUGGUUCUAUUACCAAGCCAGCAAGGGCAUGGGAGGGUUGCAAGCAUCAUCGGUUGUCGGCGCUCGCGAAUGA